GAAAACGAUGAACGACCGACUCCUCGCCCGAACACACGGAACUCCUUCUACCAAAACCUACAGCUCCCCGUAGACGUCUUCCCCUUCUUUUUGAAUUCAUGAAAUGCUUUUGUUUAUGUUGUGUAUGGUUUGGCAUGGUUGCGUUGCGAUACAUUACUUUUGGUUGGAAAUAUAUUUAUAUAGGGUCGCUUCUAUACCGGAAAAUCCGCGAAGUUGAGGAAAGGGGACCAAGGGGUAGGGCGGCAAAGGAAGAUUGGGGGAGGGGGGCCGGGGCGUUUUUUUGUUUGCCUUUUACACAUUUGCCUUUUACUUUGCUAAGGGUAGAAGAUGAAGAAGAAAGACGAAGUAGAAGAUGAAGAUGAUCAUGAAGAUGAUGAGGAAAGCUGGAGUAGUGGAUAGGGGAGGUUUGAGGUUGGGAGUAUAAAGGACAACCACACAAGUCCUUUCCGAAUUAGCGAAACUCCGGGCUAUACCUAUCCAUACUCCGUUGAUUAUCUACGUACUUGCUUAGCAGGUAGAUAGGUACAUAUUUAUAUAUGUGUACGGGCUUUUCGCAAAGUCAUCUACAUAAUGUUGAAUGCUGGGGAGAUUUAUAUAUAUCGACGGCAUCACGAAAGAAAGCUUGCUGCUUUACUGGUAGAUGCAUAAUACAUA